CUUGUUUUUACUUAACUGGGGAGAGUAAAGGAACAGACAGACGGAGGAGAAGGUCCUCUACAAAUAACGAGACCUCUCCACGUCUCCCCCGCUGUUGAAUGCAGGGAAACGACAAGGUGGCCCUAUAUGGGGCAAACAACGCUGACCCAAACCAACCAAAGAAAACACCUUUAAGAAAACCAAAUCCAUGAGGUCCAUGGGGAAGAUGCAUGGGCAGCGAAUGUGGCCCAGGUGGCAGCCAAAGCCGGGCUGUCUGGUGUGCCCAUGUGGAGGGCUGGACAACGCUUCACACCAACUGUGACCAGAGCCAGCGUCCUUCCAACCAGAGAAACUGUUUCCGUGUGUGCGACUGGCACAAGGACCUUUAUGACUGGAAACUGGGUGCCUGGAAUGAGUGCGUGCCAGUUUCAGCAAGGACCUUUGGGGCCCCACGGCCGUUCACAUGCAGUGGAGGCGAAGAGGGCAUUCAGACCCGGGAGGUGGGCUGCAUACUGAAGUCAGACGGGUCUCCAGCAGAGGAUGCCAUCUGUGAGUACUUUGAGCCCAAGCCUCGCCUGGAGCAGGCAUGUUUGAUCCCUUGCCCCCAGGAUUGUGUAGUUUCUGAGUAUUCGCCAUGGACAUCCUGCUCCAAAACAUGUGGAACAGGCCUCAGGAACAGGGUCCGUAGUGUCCUGGUUCCUCCACUUUUUGGAGGCUCGGUUUGUCCCAACCUAACAGAGUUCCAGUCUUGUAAACCGGGGCAUUGUACAGGUCCAGAGGGCAUGUACAGUCUCAGGGUUGGACCGUGGAACCCUUGCACGCUCCCACAGACACGGACUGCACGCCAAGUUAAGCGCAGGAAAGGUAAAGGCCAGGGCCUCAGGGAGAGAGCAGGAGUCAAAGAUCCAGAGACCAGGGAGCUUAUCCAGAAGAAACGAACCAGGAAUCGCCUUAACCGGCAAGAGAGUCCAUUUUGGGACAUCCAGGUGGGCUACCAGACUCGGGAAGUGACCUGCAUACAUAGGAAUGGGAGCACUGUGGGACGCAAUCUGUGCACACAAAGGGACCUGCCGCUGACCGUCCAGUCCUGCGUCCUCCCCAAGGACUGCCAGGUGACCGACUGGGCCGAGUGGGGCCCCUGCUCCAAAACCUGCUUGGACCCUGAGUCUCCCAUAGGCAAUCGCACUCGGAACAGACAGGUGCUCCAGUUCCCUGUGGGCGAGGGGGCGGAAUGCCCGCCGCUGGAGGAGUGCGAGUCAUGUGAACCUCUGGGUGAAGGAAUACCGCCUUGUGCCACUUACACCUGGAGAACCACAGAGUGGAGCGACUGCCGGGUUGACUCAUUGCUAAGCCAACAGGACCGUCGACGUAGUAACCUGACAGGUCUUUGUGGGGGAGGCCUGCAGACCAGGGAGGUUUAUUGUGUCCAGGCCAAUGUUGAGCUUCUAAAAUACCUCAACGACCUCAAAGAAAAAGACAAAGCAGGUCAGACCCAAAGACAGCAGAAACCUAGUGUCGCCCCUCUCCUCUCCAUCACCUUCCAGAUUACAGCCUCCCGCCCGGUGGAAAACAAGCUGUGCAAGGGUCCGAUCCCCAACAGGUCCCAGCUGUGCCAAAUCCCCUGUCCCAUCGACUGUGAGGUGUCUCCGUGGGGUGCCUGGGGGCCCUGCACCUUCGAGAACUGUGAUGACCAGGCUGGGAAGAAAGGUUUCAAACUGAGAAAACGACAGAUCACCAACGAGCCAACAGGAGGGCCUGGAAACUGCCCACACCUGGUGGAGGCCGUGCCGUGUGAUGAGCCCACUUGUUACAACUGGCAACUGGUCAGCCUAGAUCAGUGUGUUCCUGAUAAUGACAAACCAUGUGGCCCGGGCAGUCAGCUCACACAGGUCCAGUGUGUCAACAGCAACGGAGAGGAGGUGGACAGAAAUCUCUGCUCAUCUUCCCCGGCUCCAGAACCCGUACCCUGUGAGGUACCUUGCUCAAGGGACUGCGUGCUCAGCGAUUGGACACCCUGGUCUACUUGCUCUCAGACCUGCUCCAGUAAGACCAUCGAGGGGAAGCAGAUGAGGACCCGCUCCAUUUUGGCCUACAAUGCUGGGGAAGGUGGAGCCCAGUGCCCAAACAGCAGUGCUCUCCAGGAGGUACGGAACUGUAACGAACAUGCCUGUACAGUUUACCACUGGCAGACGGGGCCUUGGGGUCCUUGUACCGAGGACCCCUCUGCCUCAUCCCUCAACACCUCUGUGGGUGUCCGUGCCAGUAGUGACGGUCAGGGUCCCUGCUCCAUGGGAAUGCAGACUCGUAAGGUCAUCUGCGUCCGGGUCAACGUGGGACAGGUGCCACCCAAGAAGUGUCCAGACGGCCCACGACCCAGCACGGUGCGACCAUGUCAGCUGCCCUGCAAGAAAGACUGUAUCAUGACCCCUUUCAGCAACUGGACUUCAUGUCCUGAUACUUGUGACGCAGCUGGUAAUGCUAUGAAAAGAAAGCAAUCAAGGAAACGUCUUAUCAUCCAGCUACCAUGCAACGGAGGACAGGACUGUCCAGAGGUGCUGGAGGAGGAGAGGGACUGUGAUGUGCCCAAAAUAUGUCCAGGAUUUAGGUGGAAAACCCACAAAUGGAGGAAGUGCCAGCUGGUACCGUGGUUUCUCAGACAGGACCGUCCCGGUGCGCAGGAGACCUGUGGACUAGGACUUCAAACAAGAGCUGUGUCCUGUCGCCAGCUGGACGGGACGCAGGCGGACAUCAGCGAGUGUCUGAAAUUCGCCAAGGCCAUGCCUGCCAUCACUCAGCGCUGUCAGCUCCCCUGCCAGGAUGACUGCCAGCUUACCAACUGGUCCAAGUUCUCGUCCUGCACAGCUGACUGUGUGGGGGUCCGCACCAGAAAGAGAGCAUUGAUAGGGAGGAGCAAGAAGAAAGACAAGUGCAAGAACACGCAAAUGUACCCUUUGAGUGAGACCCAGUACUGCCCCUGUGACAAGUACAACGCCCAGCCGGUAGGGAAAUGGUCAGACUGCAUCUUGCCUGAGGGAGGCCGAGUGGAAAGCAUCCUGGGUAUGAAGGUUCAGGGAGACAUCAAGGAGUGUGGACAGGGCUACCGCUACCAGGCCAUGGUGUGCUACGACCAGGACAACAGGCUGGUGGAGACCUUACGCUGCAACAGUCAUGGUUAUAUUGAGGAGGCGUGUAUCAUCCCCUGUCCCUCAGACUGUAAACUCAGUGAAUGGUCUAACUGGUCACGCUGCAGCAAGUCCUGCGGCAGCGGAGUCAAAGUUCGCUCCAAAUGGCUUAGAGAGAAACCGUACAACGGUGGCCGGCCAUGUCCCAAACUGGACCACAUCAACCAGGCCCAGGUGUAUGAGGUGGUGCCGUGUCAGAGCGACUGUAAUCAGUAUGUGUGGGUAGCCGAGCCGUGGAGUGUGUGGAAAGUCAGCAACGUUGACUUAAAAGAGAACUGUGGCGAAGGCGUCCAGACCAGGAAAGUCAGGUGCAUGCUCAACACUAUAGAUGGGCCGUCGGAGCCUGUGGAGGACUACCUAUGUGACCCGGAGGAGAUGCCCCUGGGGGCCAGGGAGAGCCGGCUGCCCUGCCCCGAGGACUGCGUCCUCAAUGACUGGGGCCCAUGGAGCCGCUGCAGCCUGCCCUGUACCAGAACCAACAGUCGAGUGCGGAUGGCAUACACCCUCCGGUCGCCCAGUGUGGGGAGAGACUGUCCAGACACGAGUGACAAGGAGCCCUGCAGCCUGAACCUCAACUGUUUCAACUACUUCUACAACAUCACAGACUGGAGUACAUGUCAGCUGAGUCCUAAUGCUGUGUGCGGGAGCGGCAUCAAGACCCGGAUGCUCGACUGUGUUCGCAGCGAUGGCAAAUCAGUCGAUAUAAAAUUCUGUGAGGAGUUGAAUUUGGAGAAGAAGUGGCAGAUGAACAUCUCCUGUGUGGUCGAGUGUCCCGUCAACUGUCAGCUGUCGGAGUGGUCGACCUGGUCAGAGUGUUCACAGACAUGUGGACUAGAAGGAAUUUCCAGUGUAAUCAAAGAACUGACUGGACAAGCUGGCAGCAAGAGUAAAAGUAAGAUGUGGCGGCAGCGGUCGGUGGUUCAGGCCUCUCAGGGCGACGGCCGGCCCUGCCCUUCUCAGAUGGAGCAGUGGAAGCCCUGCCCUGUCCGACCCUGCUACCGCUGGCAGUACAGCCCCUGGUCCGAGUGUCGGGUGGAGAGUGUGGUGUGUGGACACGGCAUUCGCUACAGAAACCUGUCCUGCUUCGUGUCGGACGGCUCCAGCGAAGGCGAAGGCAGCUUGGUGGAUGAGGAGCUUUGCGCCAGCCUGGAGCUGGCCGUCGAUGGAGACAAGCAGAUCAGGCUCAAAGAGGCUUGUACCCUUCCCUGCCCAGGUGAAUGCUACCUGAUGGAGUGGUCAGACUGGAGCCCAUGUGUGAGCAUCUGUGUCAAGGGGGCCGGUGUGGACUUUGGUUCGGUACAGGUUCGCUCACGAGCUGUGUUGGCCCAGGAGCCUGAAAACCUGCAGCUCUGUCCUGACCAGUCUUGGGAGUCCCAGCCCUGCACAGGGGGCGAAUGUUACGAGUACAAGUGGUUCAGCAGCUUAAACUCCACCCGCCCUUUAAUCUGGUGUCAGCGCUCUGAUGGACUCAAUGUCACCGGAGGUUGUCCUCCUAUGAACCCCCCAGUGGACAACAGUUCCUGUGACUCGCCCUGUCUCAUGCCAAAGUCUUUCUGCAGUGAGGCUGGUAUUUGCAUGUGCGAGGAGGGAUUCACGGAGGUGCUGUCGCCCACUGGGCAGCUGGACCUAUGCGCCCCCAUCCCGAUCCUGGAGAUCCCCACAGCAGGGGAUAAGAAAGGAGAUGUGAAGACCAGUCGUGCCAUUAACCCCACCUUGCCCACCACCAUCCAGCCCGGACGCACUGGGCGGACCUGGUACCUCCAGCCCUACGGACCAGAUGGGAAGCUGAAGAUGUGGGUGUAUGGUGUAGCAGCUGGAGCCUUUGUGCUCCUCAUAUUCAUAGUGUCUAUGAUAUACCUAGCUUGCAGCUACUGUGCCAAGGUGCAUCGCUCUCUUAAAGCCCAAGAGUCUCAAGCCAAUGGGACGGCGGUCUGGAUGGGCCAAAAUGCACAUGAGAUGAUUUACACCUGUCCCGAUUGCCAAGAGCUGGCUCAAAGCAGCAGCUAAUGAGGAUGUGGAGAGUUCAACCUGUCCCCCCUCCCACCCCACACCCAACACACCAGUAUAAGUACCUGCAGUCCUUGACCUUUCCCCUGUGACCUCUCUCAAAGGUUGUCACAUUUCCUGCCUGACUUAGCUGAGUGAAGGUGCUGGUGCAGCAAAAAGCCAAAGAGACCUCAGAGACAGAGGCAACAAAACAACCGACUAAAACCUCUGACUCUCGCCUACGACGGGG